AUGCCUAACCCUGCUCAUCAGCGAAACAACCCGGAAAUCACGGCGUUGCCAGCAACGGCCCCCAUCGAAGAAAUCGUCAGCGUAAUUCGCAGAGAUGGAGGUAUCAUCAUCAAGAAUUUCAUCACGCCAGAAGAGGCAGAUCGAAUUCAGGCAGAGGCCGACCCUCACUAUCAGAAGGUUGGCAAGUAUGAGGGCACACUGUUUCCUCCUACUGACCCGCCUCUGAGUGGUUUCGCGGGAAAGUCUCCAACAUUUGCUCACAAAGCUAUCAACCAUAUUGUCUAUCGCGAGGCAUCAAAGCUGCUUCUGAAAGAGGAGUCUUACCCUUUCCGCGACGGUAAGCGAUGCAAGUGCGUGUCUUACCCCGUCUUGGCUGUAUCGGAAGCCUUUUCUCGUGGUCGAUCUAAGGCUCAACCCCUCCAUCGGGACGAUAUGGCUCAACACUUUGACCAUGUCGAAGGUAGCGGGGAGAGCUCUCUGUUGGGGUUACUCGUUGCAGGCACUAAAUGUACCUUUGAGAAUGGAGCCACUCAAGUCAUUGUCGGCUCUCAUCUCUGGCCCGAAGCCGCCAUUUCAGGACCUGCCGAUAGGUCUAUGUGCUCCACGGCCGAAAUGGAAAAGGGCGAUGCCGUUAUGAUCAUCGGUAGCGUGUGGCAUGGUGCUGGAGCCAACAUUACCGACGAGCGACGCAACAUCUUUUCUUGUCAUAUGGUGCGCGGCUCAUACCGGGCGGAUGAGAACCAGUACUUGGCUAUUCCUCGUGAGGUCAUCAAGGACUACGACCCCGAGGUACAGUCGUUGUUGGGUUACUCGGUCAGUCACCCAAAUUGUGGUCAUGUGGAUAUGAAAGAUCCUAUUGUCAUGCUGGGUAGUAAGGAAGAUCCUUUCGGGUACGGCAGCAUUGAAGGGCAGGUUGCAGCCUAG